AUGCGUUCCGUUCAGUUCCUUGCCCUCGCGAUGGCCGUCGCUACCUCCGAGGCUGUCUUUCAGGGUUUCAACUACGGUGCCACCAAGGUUGACGGCACUGUCAAGACGCAGUCCGACUUCGAGACCGAGUUCAACACUGCCAAGAACCUCGUUGGUACUGACAAUGCCUUCACCAGUGCCCGCCUUUACACCAUGAUCCAGGGUGGCACCACCAACGGCCCCAUUGAGGCUAUCCCCGCAGCCAUCAAGCAAAAGGUUACCCUUCUCCUCGGUCUCUGGGCCUCCGGUGGUGGCAUGGCCAACGAGAUCGCCGCUCUCAAGUCCGCCAUUGACACCUACGGUGAGGACUUCACCAAGCUCGUCGUCGGUAUCUCCGUCGGCAGCGAGGAUCUUUACCGUAACUCGCAGACCGGUGUCGAGGCCAACGCUGGUGUCGGUAUUGAGCCCUCCGAGCUCGUUGACUACAUCAACCAGGUCCGCUCCGCCAUCUCCGGCACCACCCUGAGCGGUGCCUCCAUCGGUCACGUCGAUACCUGGAACUCCUGGUCCAACAGCUCCAACUCUGCUGUCAUCGAGGCCGUUGACUGGCUCGGCUUUGACGGAUACCCCUUCUACGAGAACACCAAGGCCAACUCCAUUGACGACGCCAAGUCCCUCUUCGAUACCGGUGUCGCCAAUACCAAGGCCGUCGCCGGCAACAAGGAGGUCUGGAUCACUGAGACCGGUUGGCCCGUGACCGGUGACAACCAGAACCUGGCUGUUGCCAGCACUGCCAACGCUAAGCAGUACUGGGAUGAGGUUGCCUGCCCUCUCUUUGGCAACACCAACACCUGGUGGUACAUCCUCAACGAGGAGGGUGCCAGCCCCAGCUUCGGCGUCUCCAGCUCCGGUGACAACACCACCCCUCUGUACGACCUCACCUGCAAGGCCUCCUCUUCCUCCAGCUCCGCCGCCGCCUCUUCCAACACUGGCCUGGCCGCCGAGAAGUCCGGCUUCGUUUCUUCCGCUGCCCCUGCCUCUGCCACUGGCUCCAGCUCCUCUUCCGCCUCCGGGUCUGCCUCUGAUGCCUCCAGCUCCGACUCCAGCUCCAGCUCUGGCUCUGCUUCCGGCUCCGGCUCUGCUUCCCCUGCGAGCUCUGCCUCCGCCUCCGUGACUGGCCGCCCCUCCACCAAGCCUAAGGCUUCCAAGAGCGCCUCUGCCUCCGCAUCCGCCUCCGCCUCUGCCACCGGUGCUGCCUCCACCAGCUCCGGUUCGUCCACCUCUGGCUCUGGUUCCAGCUCCUCCGGCUCCGGAUCUUCUACCUCCGGCUCCGACGCUGCUUCCGGCUCUGGAUCUUCCUCCUCUUCUUCCACCUCUCCCUCCUCCAGCGCCUACACUGGCUCCGCUGCCCGUGUCACUGGCUCCGCUGCCGGUGCCCUGAUCGCUGCUCUGGCUCUUGCCUUCACCUUCUAA